CCUGACAGACUGUUCUUAGGUUUCUGAAUCUGAGCCACAAGGUUACGUUAGGUUUCUGACUGAGAUAAUACCUGUGGAAAAGCAGACAGAGUUCUGGUUCAGUGAGGGAGAAGAUACAUUUUCCGGAAGUCUCCACUCUGAAACCAACCAGGACAGGAUACUAGAACAGCAGAACCAGCCAACCAGUGAAGCAACAGCCUUUUCUACAGACAGGUCAGAACAGUACAGGACAUUCUAGAACAUUCUAGAACAUAAACUAGCAUUCUAGAACAGAACAGGGCAUUUUAGAACAUUCUAGAACAUAAACUAGCAUUCUAGAACAGAACAGGGCAUUUUAGAACAGGACACUCUAGAAGAGUACAGGACAUUCUAGAACUGGACAGAACAAUCUAGAGGAUGAGGAACCUCCUGACCACCGAGAACCAGAACUGUUACCGGGAGCAGAUAGAGAAGGAGCGUUACACCCGGCUGGCCUGGAAGAGCCGCUACGGACGAGACUACCCCACCAGCUUCGUCUCCCGCAGGGCCAAUGAGCAGCUAGCGCUGAGGCUCCCUGAGCUCCCUCUGAACACCACCCCCACGACUAAGACCAUCCUGCCACCUGUGUUAUCUACCCUGGAGAGGAGGAGAGAGGUUGCAGUGCCCUUGGACAGGUCACUGAGCGAGGCUCCCCUCGAUGAGAGUAGUGACGCCCCAGACCAAGGAAUCUCUCUACCAGGGUUUUUCCAAGGAGGGCGCCGCCUGUACCUCCACACACGCACCCUGAAAGACCCAGAGGAGAAGUUUGAUCACCUUCUGCUGUCUUCCUGGCACUACGGAUGGAGACUGGGUGAGACCUUUGGUGAAUACGGAAGAGACUACAGGUCGCCAGCCAAUGGAAGAUCAGGAGUCGUGAGGAACACUUUUUACUCCAGGAAUGGAAUUUUCAAUAUUCCCUCCGAAACUGAUCGCCUUGGAUGACGAACGAAAGGCUUCAUUUUUCAGCUGGUUUUAUACUUUAUUAUUCGAUUCUCUUCAUAUUGACGACGAAUAACUUUAAUUUGUUUUCACUGUAUAAGUAUGCUAUCUUUUGUUUGAUUUAUAACAACUAUAUUCUCUUCUAUAGGAUGUACAGAUGUGGGUUAGCUAUAAAUGAUGUUCAUCUGAAAACACUGUUACUUUACAUAUACAAACUGUUAUAACCGUUGGAGAAAAUGUGUUGAUAUAAUAACAUCUCGAUAAACCUUUUUUCUAGUUA